AUGGCAAGCUACCGCUUCCUCGUCCAGCAGCUGUCCGGCUUCUUCGACGGCUGCGAGUUCCUCCACGUCCCGCGCACGGAUAAUGAAGCUGCCAACACACUAGCCAAGAUUGGCUCAUCCCGGCAAUCCAUCCCGUCCGGCGUCUUCCUCGAGCACCUGCACAAGCCCUCCGUCAAGCCGUCUCUGGACCCUGAGUCCAUCUUCGUCCCAGACGACCCGGCCGCACCUCCACCUGGCCCGGGGACUGCCGAACCCGGCCCGGGGGCUGCUGAGCCCGGCCUAGGGAGCGCCGAACCCAACCCGGGGACUACUGAACCCGGCCCGGGAGCCACCCAACCCGGCUCGGGGGCUGACGCCCUCGACCCGGUCGCCGUCGUCCUCGACCCAGCCGUCGUUGUUCCCGACCCGGGGGCCGCCGCCUCCGGCUCGGGGGCUGCCGCCCAAGAACUCGCCAUGGUGGCCGUCUUCGCUGUGGCGACGGUCCCGUCGUGGGCCCUGCCCAUCUCAGAGUUCAUGGAAACCGGGGUUCUCCCCAUGGACGAGACCGAAGCCAGGCAAGUGCAGCACCGGGCGUCAGCCUACAGCACCAUCAACAACGAGCUCAUCAAGCGUGGUCCGACAGACAUUUUCCAGUGCUGCAUCGAACAAGAAAAGGGCAUUGAGAUCCUCCUCGACAUACAUCAGGACGCUGAGUCACUUGUCCUCAAGUGCGAGGGAUACCAACGCUUCAGCAAGCGCAGCCACCAGCCGGCCUCGGCGCUCUGA